UCGAAGCCCUCGAACUAUAAAUACCCCUCUCGUUUGUAAUGUAGAGGUCGUCUAAUAUCCGGCUUUUCGUUAUCUGCUUAAUCUCUCGUUGUUCGUUAUAUAUAUCAAUACUUUCUCGAUUCAUUCUCAGUUACAAUAAUGCCUCGCCGAAGCUCUGGGGGAAGGCCAGCACCUCGUGCAGCCUCUCGUGCUGCUCCAGUGCGUAACCCACCUAAACCAGCAACCCCAGCUCCUCCUCCGGCACCUAUACAGGGUGGCGGUGGAUCCAUGGUUGGAGGACUCGGUGCCACCAUUGCGGAAGGAAUGGCUUUUGGCACUGGAAGCGCAAUGGCUCACAGAGCUGUGGAUGCAGUAAUGGGUCCUCGCGUGAUUCAGCAUGAAACUGUGGCCUCGGGAGCUCCUGCUACUGCCCCUGUAUCUGCCUCUACCAUGGGCAGUGUUGUAGGAUCGGAUGGUUGCAGUGUUCAAUCCAAGGCCUUCCAAGAUUGCCUGAACAAUUAUGGAAACGAUAUCAGCAAGUGUCAGUUCUACAUGGACAUGCUAACUGAGUGCCGCAGGAGCUCUGGUGCUGUGAUGGGUGUUUAAUGAAGUUUACAAAUAGUGGUAUAGUGUUUGCUAGGUUGAACACAUUCAUGGAAAUAUGUGUGCACUGUGGCUUUGGGUGAUCAGUUCUUGAGAAAGAUUUUUACCCUGAAAAAAUAAACGUGGAAUUCCAAGACACUGAUACUUUAAUUGCUGGGAUUUGGAAAGACAUGAUAAAUUGAGUUUCUGAUUCUAUACAAAUUUGAUUUAGAUUGUUGUA